AUGAAGUCUCCAAGGAUGAGAGUCUGUGCUAGGUCGGUCUUGCUGUCUCACUGGCUCUUUCUGGCCUAUGUGUUAAUGGUGUGCUGUAAGGUGAUGUCUGCCUCCAGCCAGCACCUCCGGGGACACGCAGGUCACCACCAAAUCAAGCAAGGGACCUGUGAGGUGGUCGCAGUGCACAGGUGCUGUAACAAGAACCGCAUAGAGGAGCGAUCACAAACGGUCAAGUGUUCUUGCUUCCCAGGACAGGUUGCUGGCACAACUCGGGCUCAGCCUUCUUGUGUUGAAGCUUCCAUUGUGAUUCAGAAAUGGUGGUGCCACAUGAAUCCUUGUUUGGAAGGAGAGGAUUGCAAAGUGCUGCCAGAUCACUCAGGUUGGUCCUGUAGCAGUGGCAAUAAAGUCAAAACUACAAAGGCAAUUGAUGCACAGCAGUAUCAAAACACAGAAAGCCUAAAAAAUCAGAUUAUCUGCAGUAAGCCAUCUCGGCCCGAAUUUUAUAUUCCACUUAAGUGCAAAUGUGACAAAGUUAGCAGUCAACUUGAGAUAUUAACAGCCUUAGAUGAAGAUGAUAGGAAUGCGAGAGGAGACAAUUCCCUAACCAGGGAGGUUGGCAUUGAGUUCAUUCCGCUGGUAUAG